AUACAUUACAUGUUCCAACACACACAUAACCUUCUCUUCUAUCCAUCACGUGCUCUCCUCUCUCUGCCUUAAAUUGUUAUCUCUUUAAUUUCUUGUCUUCUUAGCUGCAAACCUUAUCCAUAUUAAUCUUUUAGUCGUUAUUAUGGGAUUCUCACCAAACUAGCUUUAUAGUAGUUUUGUUCGUUGGUUGACAAAGAAAGCUAUCAAAAAACUUUACAAACUUAAUUAAUUAGUGAAUUAUUUACUUUAUGGAGAACAACAAAAAGAAAGUUGGAGGAGGAGCUGGUUCUUCCUCGUCUCCUACCAAUUUUGAUCAUCUUUUUGGUCCUAAGGAUCCUUCCACCAUUUCAUCUUCUUCCAACAGCAUCUUUGGCUCCAUUUUUCCACCUCCUUCCACUGGUGGAAGGAGAGAUUCAACAAGGCACGACAUGGGAUGCAAAAACUAUGGAGGAGGAGCACCAGGAAAUUACUCAAAGAAAGGUGAAGGCAUGUCUAACAAGAAUAUUACAGAUGAUACCAAUUAUCAUAAUGAGACUGUGGGACCCAAUUACUACAGCUCAUCAAUAUAUUAUGGUGCUCAAGAAAAUUAUUCUCCAACAACCUGCAAGACCACUCAUUCCCCACAUAUUAUCAAGAAUGAUAAGGAUGAUGAUGAUGAUUCCAAUGGUAGCGAUUCAGGCAGUGCUUCAAGAGGGAACUGGUGGAAAGGUUCCCUUUAUUAUUAACAUGAUUACUCUGCCACAACUCGCCAUCCUGACUGUACACUAGUGUUGCAGGAUGACAUAUAAAUAUAUAUGCAGUACUAGCAAUACUCUACCACUCUAGUUAGUUAAAUAAGAAAUGAUCCAUGCAACGCUCUCUUCUGCAACAUGUGUGUUGGGUCCUUUUUGUUACAUCUCGCACAUAAAAGUUAAUACUACACAAAAGACAACCUGAAGCAGUGGCUAUAGCUUGAAGUCUCUGUCGAAUGUGUUGUAUUUUAUACAUAAAAAGGUUUCAUGACGAUAUAUAACUGUCCUUAAUUUAGAUUGUAGUGCUGUUUUAUAAUCAUGUGACCCUGUUAUAUAUACUUUGUGCUGUCUGGUUCUAUAUAUAUUCACUGUAUACAUACGUGGUUAUAUUGCUUAUAACUGUGAUUUAUGUAUCCA